CGACCAUUUCGAAAUUGGCAAGCGAUGGUCCAGCACACGGGGUACUGCCACUGCAAGGCCGUGACGUUCGAGUUUGAGGCGCCGGCCAACCUCGUCGCGUGGGACUGCAACUGCUCGAUCUGCGCGAUGAAGAAGAACGUCCACACGAUCGUGCCCAGCGCAGCCUUCCGCCUCACGGCCGGCGCCGACAAGCUCACAACGUACACGUUCAACACGCACACGGCCAAGCACCAGUUCUGCAGCGUCUGCGGCUUUCCAGCUUCAAGAAUCUCGUUUCGCGACAACCGCUGA